AGAGGGAGUAGAGAUUCUUAAAUCCGAGGUUUUGGGGAGCGCUACUGACAGUGGCGUUUACUGCGUCAGUGUGCGAUAGGACGCCGCUUGACAACCUGAGUUUAUUUCGUAUGUAGCACUCCCCUGUUAAAUCAAAAUCGUGUACAUUUUGGCAUACGGUAACGAUAACAUUCAAGAAAUCUCUGCGGCAUAAACAUCAAGUCCCAUUGUCCGAAACGAUAGUUUAUCUCCCUGGAUUUAAAAGAGGAACUUAACCGCCGUCAAAAUCGCUGAUCUGAGUUUUGGUCGAUUCAGCGUGAAACCAUGUUGUGGAAGCUAGCAGAUAACGUGAAGUACGAGGAUGAUUGCGAGGAAAGACACGACGGCAGCAGCAAUGGUAACCCUCGACUGCCGCACCUGCCUGCGGUGAGCCAGCACCUCUAUAGCCCGGCUCCCUCUCUCUCGCACUCAGGCAGCUCCGAUUUCCAGCCACCUUACUUUCCGCCUCCUUACCAACCGAUAUCAUACCCCCAGUCCAGCGACCCUUACUCCCACCUGAGCGACCCUUUCAACAUCAACUCGAUACACCAGUCCCCCUCGACCAACCAACAGCAAUCCUGGCCCGGCCGUCAAAGUCAAGAGGGAAUCGGAGCCCACGGUCGCAGCGGCUUAGCCAGUCAAAUACUUGGACUCGAAGGCGGUUCGCCUGGGGUGCGAAGAGAGGGUUUUCGCCGACCAGAGCUAAUGCCCCCACACGUUCACAGCAUUGACUCGUCCGUUAUUGGGGAUAAUUUAGGAUUGCACGAGAUGGGUCACGGCUUGGACGAUGUGCAGCACGUUGAUGAUCACAGUAUUAUCAUGGCAGACCAGACAGUCAUUAAAAAAGUAUUAGGACUCCGAAGUGGUAGGAGCCAUGAUCGCUUACAGAGGACUUAUUUUGAGGGUGGCUUUCUUGCGGGUGAGGAUGAAGGUCCCGUGUCUCUUCCCAAGGGGAACGCACUGGGUCUGCCCUACCAGAAGGAGUCCCUCCUGGGCAUGGUGUCCAACCCAACAGAGGUCUUCUGCUCAGUGCCCGGGCGGCUCUCGCUGCUCAGCUCCACGUCGAAGUACAAGGUGACGGUGGCCGAGGUUCAGCGUCGUCUGUCCCCUCCGGAGUGUCUCAACGCCUCUCUUCUGGGCGGAGUCCUGCGCAGAGCGAAGUCCAAAAAUGGUGGCCGGUCUUUGAGAGAGAAGCUGGACAAGAUUGGGCUUAACCUUCCCGCGGGACGGAGGAAGGCUGCUAACGUCACCUUGCUGACCGCGUUGGUGGAAGGUGAGGCAGUCCACCUGGCCAGAGAUUUUGGCUAUGUGUGUGAGACUGAGUUUCCAGCAAAGGCUGUUGCUGAAUAUCUGGGUCGACCGCACGUAGAACGCAAUGAGAUCAACUCCCGCAAGAACAUGCUUCUUGCUGCCAAGCAAAUCUGUAAGGAGUUCACAGACCUGCUGACUCAGGACCGCUCUCCGCUGGGGAACUCACGGCCGGCGCCCAUCCUGGAGCCGGGCAUACAGGGCUGCCUCACCCACUUCAGCCUCAUCACCCACGGCUUCGGCAGCCCCGCCAUCUGUGCUGCCAUGACCUCCCUGCAGAACUACCUGAACGAGGCCCUCAAGCAGGUGGACAAAAUGUACCUGAGCUCCGGCGGCGAGACGCAGGGUUCCUCUGACAGCGGCAGCAAGGCAUCCGAUAAAAUGGAGAAGCACCGGAAAUGAGGGGCGAAGGCUGGCCGUGACACCCCCCGUCGCCCCUUAUCUGCUCAACUUUGGACCACGUCCGCGUUAUUCCAUUAUUAUUAUUAUUAUUAUUAUUUUUUUUACUAUUAGCCUUAUUUUUUUCCCAUUCCAUUUCCUUGGCAAGCUGCUUUGCCAUUAAUAUUCCACAGUCUUCCAGAAAAAAAGAUUAUUCAUUUCAUUGUUUUAAUUCCCCGUGAUGUUUGGCUUAAAAAGCUGACGCACAUUUGUUUUGCGGAGAUGGAAGAGAUGGCCCAGGUCUACAAGCCAUUGAAGCUGGAGAAUGGGCAGGAGAGGAAUACUGGGACUCCUGGUUUGGGAAUAAGGCCAAGAGCAGACUUUUCUUUUUGGAGAAAUUCUACUUUUUCAAGAGGGGCCUCCAUUCUUGUGGAUUGCGUUCAGAAAUCUUCUGGUGGCAAAUCAUAACUUGCAGUCUGUUCCCUCUGCAUUGGUGCUAAAUUCCCAUUGGACAACGGAGCGCGAUUAUAUAUAUAAAUAUCUAACCAGAGACAAACUAUGGUUAAUUUUUGUUCUUUUUGGGUUUUGUAAAGGUUACUCCACUCAGUUACAGUAUUAUUAUAGUUGGACUCUGGGAAUGCUUUGGGCAG